AUGGACGGACUUAGUUUUCGUCUGGCUGACGAGAAGAAUUUGCACAGUGAAAUCACCCACAUGUCUUGGAAUCCCGAACAUGACAUAAUUGUUGUCUGUCAUGCCAAUGGAGAAGUCGUAGCCUAUCAAGCUUAUAUAAGAAAAAUUUGGGGUUUGGGAACAAAAGGAAGAAAGCAAAAGGUUACUGGUAUUGCUUGGCGACCCGAUGGACAAGUUCUUGCCGUUUCGUUUGGAAACCGAAAUUUAGUAUUAGCAUCUGUUCAAGAUGGUUACACAUUAUGCUCUGAAUCAUUGUCAUUUGAUGUUAAAUCGUGUUGUUGGGUAGAAAGAUCAUCUGAUGAUGCUGGACAACUAAAAUCACCAUCUGCAGAUUUAGCUCAUCUCAAUAUAACUAUCUAUAAAUAUUUACCAAUACUGAUCGAUUUACCAUCCAUAAAUCGUCCAAGGAAGUUUAUUGUCGAUCCACCAGAUGACUUAUUUUGUUUAGCAAAACAGACAAAAUUAAACAUUUUAAUUCUGCUUGGACAAAAUGAAAUUUUACUACGUGCAUUUGGUCUAUGGCCGUUAUUAUUUAUUAAUCGUUCAACAUUAUUCGUUGAUCAAUGUUUAUUUGUAACAAUGUCACCAUUAUUGGAUCGUUUGUGUAUACUUUCAACGACAAAAUCAACAUCCGAUACGUCUAUUUCACAAUUACAUUAUUCGACAUUUGACUGUACGUCAUUUCUAUCUGAUUAUCAUCAAGACUACUUAGAAUUAACACGUUCGCUAUGUCGUAUCAAAAGUCUUCUAUUAUUUGGUGAAAAAAUAUAUCAAACAUUAAUCGAUCUAGUCACAAAAUGCUUUAUAGAGUUCGAUAAAAAAGUACAAACAUUUUGCGAUGAAACAAAAGAAAUACUAUUACAAUCAGCACCACAACAGCAAUGGACAUUUCAAUCAGAAUUAAUGUCAUUAUUAGCAACAGGUAAUUGUUCCGAAAACAUGUCAAAUGGAUUUUUCACAAAUAUUUAUGAUUAUGGUUAUUCAAAAAAGUUAAUAACAACAUUUGAAGAAUGUAGAACAAAAUCGAAAGAAUUAUUAAUUUUGUUUGGACGUACUAUUGAGCACAUUUUUGGUUAUUUAACUGAAAUUAAAGGUCUCAGACAAUGGCAUGGUAGAUACGAACAAAUUGAUUUUGAUCCACAGUUAAUUACAGAUUGUCUACGAGAUGCUGGUUCAUUAUUGAUGAAAAACAACGAAUUUAGUGACUUUAUUCAUGAAAUGUCAAAUGUUUACACAUUUUUUCUUCGAUGGCUUGUUGCACAUCAGUUACAUGCAGCAAAAACCGGUGGACCAAAUAUGCAUUAUGACGAACAGCUUGAGUGUACAGAAUCCGAUUGGGAACAUUUAAUCGAUUUUAUUGAUACUUAUUACGCUUCUGACCGACCUCUCAUCGAUAUUUUUUCUAUGUAUUUAAAAUCUGAAAAUUUACCAGAGACAAUGACAAGAAAUACACUGUACAGAGAACUUUGUCAUUCAAAUGAAGAUGAAAAUGUAUUUUUUUCUCCCAAGAGUAAUCGUUCAUUAUUUGGUGCCUUCCAAGAUUUGAAACAAUCGACCCAGAAACUGUUUGAAAACCGAAAGAUUUAUGAUGAUGUCAAAUUGGCAUUAGCUUGUUCUCUUAAUACCGAUAGUUCUAAUACGAAUGAAGUAAACUCGGUUAAUAAUAAUUCUCAUUUAAUAUUAGUUGAUUAUAAAAAUACUUCAACAAAAAUGGAAUUAUCAGAGAAAAAUUCAACAAUAAAUACAAUACCAGUGUUCAAUUGUGCAGUAAGUCUUAUACAACAAAUCAAAGAUACUCCAUUGAAAUUGGCAAUCGAUGGACGAAGAAAUCUAGUUGCUCUAUGGUCAACAAACCGAAAAUUUUCAACAUUUAUUCAUAGUCCAGAUGAAACAACAACUACAAAUUCAAAUCGAAUGGAAGAUGAUACUUGGGUGACUUCUGGUACAACAACUACAUUGAUGAAUACAACUAAUCGAAGUCAAAUGACAUUUUCACAGGAAAGUACCAAAACAAAUAUCUAA